UGCUAUUCGGCCGUGAUCACCUUGUUUCCCCUCAUUCGGUGGGACCGAUGAAGAGCCUGAUUUCUGAAGGGGUCCAGAGGUCCCUGUGCAUGCAGGAUACGAUGAGAGCUGAAAGAGAGACCGCCAGGCAGAGAGGAAGCCAGGAUCAUACUGAUGAUCCAGACAGGAUGCCGCCGGUAGUGGUGGAGUCUAACCCUUCUGGUCGAGUAAGAGACUCGUUGUUCUCCGCCGGUGACAAACAAGAGACACGCAAAUUGCUUGGCCAGGAAUGAGGGAGGCAUUCGAAUGUACUUCAGACAGAUGCUAACGGACCCUUCAUCUUGGUGACUGCGCUGGACUUAUCUCUGUUCAUGGCCAGAAAUUCAUCUGUCUGCCCAUUCAUUAUAUCUCACUAUAUGCCGGCAAGCAUGGCAAUUGAAGCACUGUUAUCACCUGCUAUUGCAGGUGUUGGAGCAGCACUGAGCAUCAUUCUCUACUUCGUUAUCUCGCCUCUGCUUUCACCUCUCUCCAAAGUCCCCGCCGCCCACUGGUCGUCAGGGUACUCUCCCAUCUGGAUCCUGUGGACUCGGUGGCGCGGUAAAGAACUGAGUGCUGUAUAUGAAGCUCACCAGCGUCUCGGCCCGCUGGUCAGGUUGGGUCCCAAAGACCUCAGUGUGGCCUGCUACGACGAAGGUAUCCGUAAGAUCUAUGGAGGCGGCUUCGACAAACCCGGGUACUACGAUUUCUUCAGAUACUAUGGGAAGACGAAUUCGUUCAGCAGUCUAAGCAAGCAUGACCACACGUACCACCGAAAGCGACUCUCCGGCGUCUAUACGAAAUCUGCACUUUUCGAAUCUGCAGAGCUUACGAUCAUGACUCGAAAGACGCUGUACGGUGUAUUCGUCCCGCACCUCCUGGCAAAGUCAAAGGAACCACAGCCGACGGACUUACUCGAGCUGAGCUAUUCCCUCAGCCUCGAUCUUGUUACUCGAUUUAUCUUCGGCUAUGCAAGUGGCUCCAAGUUCCUGGAGAGUCCGGAAGGUGAAACCCGCGAGUGGCUCGAGCACUACGAGAAGAGAUAUUGCUCAGAGUCGUUCUGGAGCCAGGAAUUGCCAAAUACGACCAAAUGCCUUAACAUGCUUGGCAUCGACCUAAUGCCCAAGGGCCACGCAGAAUCGACGCAGUGGUUGGAACAUUGGAUGAUGGAAAUGUGUGAUCAGGCUGACGUGGUUUUGGACAGCGCUCCCAGGAAUCCAGAAGAUACGCCGCUUGUCUACCGUCAGGUCAAAGCAGCGCAAGCCAAGCUGACAUCAGAAACCAGUGCGCAGCAGGAUCGUCUAGCAGUGGCGAGUGAGCUCUUCGACCAUAUGUCCGGCGCACGAGAGGUGCUGGGUCUUGUCCUUGCAUAUACGAUCUACUAUAUCUCCAAACAUCCACAUGCGCAAGAUCGGAUCCGGGCAGAGCUCGUCUCGGCGGGGAUUUCCAUGAGAGUGCCAUCUGGCGGCGAGGAUGCAGAGCAAGCACCAAUGCCGUCACCUUCCUCGUUGGACAAGCUUCCGUAUCUCUCGGCAGUGCUCAAGGAGUCCUUGCGGAUGCGCCCAAAUAGCACACCAUUGCCACGAGUGACGCCACACGACCGUUCUGUGUCGCUUGCAGGAUAUCACGAUAUUCCCCCAGCAACACGCGUAAACGCUUUUCAAUGGCUUGUACACCGCGAUCCAUCCAAGUGGCAGGCAGUGGACGAAUGGAGACCGGAGAGGUGGCUAGAUGAGAGCAAGCGUGAGAAGGGGGGUAACGAAAGCCGCCUCUGGGCUUUUGGAAGCGGACCGAGGAUGUGCAUCGGCGAGCAUUUCACUCAGUAUGUCAUGCGCUACAUCCUAGUCGUCAUCUUCACCAACUUCAGAUCGACAGUCGUUGAUCAGGCUUCUUUCGGUCAGCAUCCAGCUGGUUCGCUCGAAGACAAACUCUGGGCGCGCUUUGCGCCUUUGUGAUGCACUCAGACCUAGUAAAAGCCAAUCAUCCAAUUCAACCUGGU